UCUCAACCAUAUCUACACGCUAUUUUUUCCGCAUCGUAGAAGGCUUGCCUCAUUGAAUGCCAAAGACACUUUGUUUAUUUUCUAUUCUAGUCCAAGCAAAUUACAGACAAAAGGGCAAAACCUGGUUUUUGAGGCUUGAAAAAGUAACAGUUCCCUGCGAUGCUUUAUACUGUUGUGGUGCUUGCGUGGCUGGCUCACAUGACUACAGGCGAGCCGGCGCGUAAGUCGAAGUACCUCAUCCAACCAAAAGAUUGCACGCAUUCCAUCAUGUACGAUUGUUAUGAGAAGGAGAAACCCAACCUAAAAGGAACUAUCAUCUGCUUGAAUUUCACCGAGCAGAUGCUAAAAGAUCAGCUCAAAAAUGCGGGAGGUUACAAUCCGCGUUAUAUGGCCGCUAACCUGUACGAAGCGCUCAAGUUUGAGGACCCAUCCGGUUGGACCUACACAACCACAACCGGUCCACCUUUGGAAGGCCAGCAGCCAAUAAGCCGCCGUUUUAGAUGGCCUUUGGAAGGCCCCAAGCGAAUCAUCCAUCCAGACUCAACGGAUGGACGUCAUCGAAUGAAGCGAAUGAUUGGAGGCGCAGGGGACUGCUGGGAGAAGGGCACACAAACACAAGGAAGUAGUAGGUAUCAUAUGUGCACUUUCUGCCAUAGGAUCACACAGCUUCCAGACGGUCAGUUCCCGCGAUAUAUUAACGAAGUCGUGUGUCGGCACUCACUGGGCGCGGCCUCAGGGGCCGUGGCGUCGGAUCAGUUCUGCGUCGCAAAUGCUGGAGAGUGCAGCCAAAAGGUUCUGAAGCUCGAGGGAUUGAUCUUCACGGGAUAUGAGCCGGCUCCUGAUUUGGGAAACAAUAUCUAUAAGCCGAAGUGGGAGACGACUACUCUGAACAUCAGGUCGUGCUGUGAUUGUGAGAUGUAUGGCAACAUGUUAGCUAUGAUGAAUUUUAUAAACGGACUGUGAAUAAGCAACAAAAUCGUGCGAACAAGUGGGUCACUUGCUGAACUACUUUUUGCAUGGGUUGGAAGCAAGAUGGUUAACACAUUUGCAUUAAAGUUUUGCCAUAUUUGUAAUAAGGUCCUACCACCUUUGUAAUAAGGUCGUGCCACAUGAGUAAUAAGGUCGCGCCACAUUUGUAAUAAGGUCGUGCCACAUUUGUAAUAAGGUCGUGCCACAUUUGUAAUAAGGU